AUGCCUAAUAGGGCACCCAACACAUUGGUGAAGGGUCUGAAUGCACUCCAGAGCGUUGCCAGUCGGGAUGCCAAGGUCCCAGAACAGAAGCUGCACAGCAACCAGCAGUCCUUCAGCAAGUCUGCUCAAGUCACCAGCCACAGCUACCAAAAGAUGGUGCAGGGUCGGAGAGGACAGUCCAGCAAGCCCAGCAUCAAGGAGAUGGCCCUGUCUCCUACCUUACAUAAGACCUCAUCAUGUGAUGAAGCAAAGGAUGUUCCCAAUCUUAUUGACACUAGCUUUACAUCCCAAGCGCAGAAAUUGCGAAAGGCGUUCCUCAUGCGUCCUGGCUGCCCCCAGUUUAGCACCAAGUCCACAUCCAUGUCUCAGUAUGGGCACCUCCUGUUCUUCAGUAAGAGUGACUGUGAGUUCAGUUACCUGCAAAGGAGGAGCAAAUCCCAGACAAUGACCCUGGUGCCCGGCAGCACACUCCCAGACCAGAUCGACCCAAGAAAGAAGAUGCCCUGGUAUAUCUCGGUCAUCCACGAGAAGGACAACUGCCUGUUCAUGCUGGGUGAGGAAGUCCGGCGCCUGUCAGAGCUGGAGGCACAGAGCCAGAAGAAAGACCAGGAGAUCUUGGUGCUGCAGGAGGAGAGAGAGGCCCUGAGGAAGCAGCUGAAAUGCCUGCUCGUAGGCAAAGUCUGGGAGACACACAUGUCACCAGGCCUGCAAGACAGCGCAUCCCCCUGCCCAGAUGUGGAGCAGCUGCUGACCCCCUCCAAGGAGGACGGGUCGCAGCAGUACAUCUCACUGGAGAAGCUUCGGGAGCAGUUUGAAGCCCUGAGUGCCCACAUGGACCCCCAGCAGAAGCGGCUGCCAGAGUUGCUGGCCAAAUCUGGGAGCGUGAGCCUCCAGCAGGGUGUCUUCGCGGGCGAUGAGGAGGAGCUGCGGUUGCUGCGCUGGAUGCGGGUGCGCAGGCGCUGGGUGUGGGUGCGCAGGCGCUGGGUGCAGGAGGACUACAUGGUGGCAGAGAAGGGCAAGGACCUGGAAGGAGUAGGAGGAGGCAAGGAGGAAGCGAAGCUAUCGAGUGCUGCCGAGGGGUCAGAGAGGGUGGGUGCAAAGGAGGUUGUGCAAAAGAAGGGGGCUGAACAGAAGGAAGUGUAUGAGGAAAAGGAGGAGGUUGAGGAGAAGGAAGAGGAGGUGGUAGUGGAAGAAGAGCAGGAUGAGGAAGGCGAAGAAGAGGUCCAGAGGAGGAAGACAUACUCUCUGGAUGAGGCAUUUGAGGAUGAGCUAAUGGCCAGGCUGGAGGAGUAUGAGCAGGUGGUCCAGGAGAUCCAGUAUGACCUGGAGAUCACCAGGAGCAGAUACUUGCUGGCAACAGGAGCAAUUACAUCUUUGCAAAGACAAGUGGAUUUUCAAGAGUCCCAGCUGAAAAAGAUCAACACAGAGAACGAGAAGCUGCAGAAGGAGCUGCGAGAGAGGAAGCAGCAGCUGCAGGCCAUGUCCAACAAGUUCUCCAACCUCCGAGAAGGCAGGAAACAUGAAGAAAUGAUGGGGCUCAUCGAGAAGGACAACCUUCUCCUCCGACAGAAAGUCAUCUCAGAGAGAAAUGACUACUACAACCAGUUGAAGCAGAAAGGAGUGAAAGUCCCACCCAUGAACCAAUCCGAUGGCCUAUACUCCUCGACUGGCAAAUCCAAGAAAGCGACUUCCAAAGCUCAGCCAGGCGUCGGGUUGCCCCCCCACCCUCGGCCCUGCAGCCAACCCUACGCCCCGCAGAGGCCGGCUCCUCGAGGAUGCUUCAUUGACUCCAUCAGAGGCCUCCGGCCACCUUUCCGGAUUCAGCCCGGAAUGCCAAGUGGCUCCUGUAACCUCAUUUCUGCCUUCGAGCCCCGGUUCCCCGACGCUCAGCGCGGAACUGCAGUGCAAGGAGGUCCCUCGGGGAUUCGGGGGUUUAGGCUCGCUUCUGCGGGUUUCGGGUCUCUGGGAGCGGCGCCUUCUUGCAGGCCCCACCCCCUGCAGCAGGCUGACUUGCCCGAGGUCUCGGAGGGCUAG